GAAGUGGGCCAGUCAGCUAUCAGACAGGCACAUCUCUGUGUUAGUGAACACUUCACUGUCAGGAGAGUGGGGUAAAGUAAAGAGAGGAGAGAGCACUGAGAUUUCAUAACACCUUAAAACAGGCGCAAAAUGUUACAGAGGGCAGCAUCCAAUGUGUCAGACAAAACGAGGAGCAGCAAACCAAAGCGCUCUACAAGCUUCGGCAAGUUCGAGGGUCUCAGACAUCACUCGUCAGCGGCCAAACCAGAAGAAAAUGGAAUCAAUAUGCUCACAGAAGAAUGUGAAAGUUCAGACCCAAACAAAUCAGCUGGACUUGGGAAGAAGAUGAAGGCAAUUUCACUGACCAUGCGCAGAAAAAUGGGCAAAAAACACGCCAAGUCUUUCUCCGAGGAGACAGGUGAUGACACAGAUAAAGACCCAGAGGCAGAGACAGAGAGCAGCCCCUCAGCUCAGAAAAACUCUGCAAAGACAAGCAACUCAUUAGAAAGUCUUUACAGUGGCCAGAGCUCUUCUAGCGCAGGUGGUGUGACCAGUGAGUCCAAUGGUUCGGGUCAGAAAGACAGUGUGAGGCUGGAGGAGGACGGCUCCUACCAGGGAGAGUUCUGUGGCAGAGCUCGUGUCCACACGGACUUUGUUCCCAGUCCGUACGAUACAGAUUCUCUCAAACUCAAGGUGGGUGACAUCAUCAGUAUCAUCAGUAAGCCUCCGAUGGGCAUCUGGACGGGAAUGCUACACAACAAAGUGGGAAACUUCAAGUUCAUCUACGUAGAUGUUUUGGUGGAGAAAGAGGAGGAGGAAGAAGAGGCUCCCAAGAUCAGACAACAGAAGCUCUGCAAAAGACCUCGACCUAAAACGUUGCUGGAGUUACUGGAGCGACUGAACCUCGAGGAGUACGCCUCUGCCUUGCUACUGAAUGGCUACCAGACAGUGGAGGACCUGAUGCACCUGCAGGAGAAACACCUGAUAGAGCUGAACGUCAAAGACCCUGAGCACAGACUCAGGCUUCUCACUGCUGCUGAAUACCACUACACAGAAGGUGAUGAUGUCAGGGAUGCGGAGGAGCACAAAUCCUCCCACAGUCUACAGGAAGAAGACAGCGACUGUCCCAGAGACUCGGGCUGCUUCAUCCCAUCUGAAUGUUCAGACAGCAAAGAGGACGCAGAGCAGCUCACAGAUGCUGUGGACUCGUAAUGUGCUCAUUUGUCAGAUGGAUAUUUUAACAUUUGGAUUUCAAAGUUGGGUAUUUUCUUAUGACUGAUGGUUUCAACAAUGAUCUCUGAAUUGUCUCAAAAUGUCAUGUUAAUAUCCCUUAUUCCAUCAAGCUUUUUAAAAAAGUGAUACACAUAUAGGAGCAACCAACAACCAGUUUUCUAAAUGUCAUCUUAUCCAUUUGUCACUUUAUAAACAUAAUAAUUAACUUGUGAGUUUUGAGUUCUGGAGAGGUUUUUUCUAUGUUGUUGAAGAAGUGGCAUUUCAUUGAUUUAAUGCCACUUGUAUUUAUUGCGUUCUAAAUCAUUCAGUGUUUUUGCAUGUAAUGCCUUUAUUUAUCACAGCUGCAUCAUUUUUACCUUUCUCAUUACAUCCGGUCUCAAUUCAACAUCCAGUGUCAUCUAUUUUUUCCUACGAAUGAGGUUAUGUUGUCAAGUGAUGUUUUUGAAAAGUAGUGUCUGGGUUUGAACAAAGCAUAUUCAGAUCUUGCCUAUAAUGUAUACUGUACAGGAAGACGUGUGUUAUUUUUCUGAAUGUGUGUGUAAAUGGGAGAGUGUGUGAGAGAGCCUUUGAGUUUUUGUAAAUAAAAUAAAUAGUUAAAUCAGA